AUGGAAGAUUUUCAGAAAAUAACAGAAAAUGGAAUUCAGUUGAUGAAAACAGUUAAGGAAAAUGAUAAUGAUGAUGCACAUGAUGAUUCAGAAUUUGAUUUAGAUGAUGACAAUUUAGAUUUGGAUGAUCACGAUGACAAAGAUGAUGCUGAUACCAAUCAUGAAGCUCAUGACGAUGAUGAUGACGAUCAUGUUGAUGAAGACGGUGAUGACGCAAACGACGACAUGGAUCAAGAUCAUGAUAUUGAUGAUGGCGACAAUCAUAACGCUAAUGAUGCUGCUGCUGAUGAUGGCACACCUGAAGCUAAUGAAGAUGGUGAUAAUGAUGUUGAUCAAGAUGACGUUGCUUUUGUUGAGGAAAAUCAUGUCAAUGACGAUGAUGUUGAUGACAAACGACGAUGA